AGCAACACACAAUUGCAAAAUAGUCAAAAGUGUAUACAUUUUCACAAAAGUAGAUAAACAGCAAAAACAUUAAAAAAACAUAGAACAAGUGAACCGAUAGGGGACGUCAUAGAAGGGAACAAAAAACCCCCUCUCCAAAUCUCUGUAAAAUCAAAUCUAUAAUGCAAAAGACAUUGCUAUUAUGAGUAGAGAAGACAUAGCCAAUACAAUGACAAUAAAACCAAAACCAACCAUCCCAAAAAACGACCACAACAUAGAUGUUAAUGAAGAAGAUGAUUCAAAACUUGAACCAAACAUUGGGUUAGAAUUCAAUACCCCUGAAGAAGCACAAGAGUUUUACAAUCUCUAUGCAACAAAAAUUGGAUUCAAAAUCCGUAUUGGUCAACUCUACAGGUCAAGAAUUGAUGGUUCCGUUGUUUCAAGAAGAUAUGUUUGUUCAAAAGAAGGGUUUCAAACUACUUCAAGAACGGGUUGUCCAGCUUUUAUAAGAGUUCAACGUAUCGAUUCUGGUAAAUGGGUUCUUGCUAAUAUCAAGAAAGAACAUAAUCAUGAACUUGAACAAUCAGGUGAGAUUUGUACAUCAAGAAUUCAAAGAAAAAUUGCCCCAACCCCAAAAAUUUUAAAAUCUUGUAUUGUAUCAACUAGGAAAGGACUUAGGUCAAAUGAUGAAGAUGGACCAUCUGGGGUUCUUGAUUUUAAGAGGCUUAAAAGGGAAAACAAUGAUGGGGAAAAUAGAGGUGAAGAACCUUAUAAAGGGUUGGAAUUUGUUGCUGCUGGUGAAGCUUAUGAGUUUUAUCAUACUUAUGCUGCGAAUACAGGGUUUAAAGUUAGGAUUGGUCAGUUAUUUAGGUCUAAGAAUGAUGGGUCGAUUACCUCGAGGAGAUUUGUUUGCUCGAAAGAAGGGCAUCAGCAUCCGUCGAGAGUGGGUUGUGGGGCGUUUAUGAGGAUACAAAGACAAGCAACGGGGAGGUGGUUGGUUGAUCGUUGUCAAAAUGAACAUAACCAUGAACUUGGACCUCCCAGUGAUGCUAGUGAGAGAGCUUCGAAAGGAUUUCAAGAAGAAGAAAGUAAUGGAUUGGAGAAUAUGGAUUUAGUUGAAUCGAAUGGAGGGCUUAGCCUUGUUACUAGAAGUAGAGAGAGUAAAAUUGGGAGUGAUUGGUACAAUGAGCUUUUCGACUAUUUUCAAGCUCGGCAAGCAGAAGAUAUGGGAUUUUUCUAUGCGGUGGAAAUGCAUAACGGUAGAGCCAUGAGUGUAUUCUGGGCUGAUGCCCGGUCUAGAUUUGCGUGUACUCAGUUUGGGGAUGCAAUUGUUUUAGACACAGCCUAUAGAAAGGGUAGUUACUCAUUGCCACUUGCUUCAUUCAUUGGGAUAAAUCACCACAGGCAACCGGUACUUCUUGGUUGUGCCUUAAUUGCUGAAGAGUCCGAAGAGUCAUUUACUUGGGUGUUUCAAGCAUGGCUGCGGGCAAUGUCAGGGCGUCGACCUGUCUCUAUAGUCGCUGAUCAAGACUGGGCCAUUCAACAUUCGAUUGCUCAAGUUUUCCCGGGAGCACAUCAUCGUUUUUCUACAUGGCAAGUUGUGGCUAAGGAGCUGGAAAACAUUGGUGAAUUACUCUCGAUGAAUCCUGAAUUUAAGUAUGAGUACGAAACUUGCAUUUUCCAGAGCCAGACGGCUAAUGAGUUUGAAGCAGCAUGGAAUGUUCUUAUUAACAAAUAUAAUUUGAGAGAGAACACAUGGUUAAAGGAGAUGUAUAGGAUGCGCAAGAGUUGGGUGCCAUUAUACAUUAGGGGCACAUUCUUUGCUUGCAUUCCAAUGGAUGGAAGCUUGAAAUCAUAUUUUGGCACCAUAUUGACAUCUCAAGCACCACUUAGUGAAUUCCUUAUACGGUAUGAAAAAGCCCUUGAGCAACGUCGUGAAGAGGAAAGAAAAGAGGAUUUUAACUCAUUCAAUUUGCAAGCAGUUCUGCACACGAAGGACCCUAUAGAAGACCAGUGUAGAAGGCUUUACACUAUUACCAUGUUCAAAGUGUUUCAGAAAGAGCUUUUGGAGUGCUAUAGCUAUGUUGGAAUUAAGAUAAAUGUUGAAGGUGCUAUUAGUAGGUAUCUGGUGCAGAAGUGUGGGAAUGGAGAUGAGAGGAACACAAUUGCCUUUAAUGCCUCAAAUCUUAAUGUCAGUUGCAGUUGUAAAAUGUUUGAGUUUGAAGGUGUACUGUGUAGACAUGCCUUGAAAGUAUUCCAGAUAAUGAACAUAAGGGAGCUUCCAUCUCGUUAUAUCUUACAUCGUUGGACAAAGGAUGCAAAAUAUGGUAUACUACGGGAUGUCGAUUCGGGGGGUGCUACUCAAGAUUAUAAGGCAUUGAUGUUGUGGAGCUUAAGAGAAGAAGCAAAGAAUUACAUUGAGGCAGGAACAGCAUCUUUAGAAAGAUAUAAACUUGCAUUUGAGAUCAUGCAGGAGGGUAGAAGAAAUCUUUGUUGGCAAAACUAGGGAAGUGCAGGGUUUGACAAACAUAGAUAAGAGAACAUUGAAGCUAGUGUCAGAAUAUGAAGAUCAAUUCUGUGAUGUUUUGACGGUCUGGUGUACCAACAAUUUUGGUAAAUUCCAGAGCUUUCAAGAUGUACUGCAUAUUUGGACCAGAUCAGAGUAUUUUGCCAGUGAUAAGUCAAAGAUUGUAUGGUGCUACCCAAAAAUAUUCCUUCCCAAGCAAACAUAUCAUCAUAUGGCUAAUUUUCUUUCUCAAUCACAAUUCACAAUCACAGACUGCAACUGUGAAUUAAAAAUCUUGCUACAUUUUGUUGCUACAAAAUGAUAGUCUCCAGGGCUUCUCAGUUAAAACUGGACAAGUGUGGUACUGAAAGAAGCUUUUGAAGCAUGUGCAAAAUGGAGAGUUGGAAAAUCCAUCAUCAACCUGUGGAGACGAUAUGGUGCAUUUGGAAAGAAAGAAACGUGUGCUGCUUUGAUAGAAUUUAGAUGAAUCUUUUUGCUUGGAGCAGACUAUGUACUGUAAAUAGUAUUGACUCUCUUUUGGAUUUUGUAAGCUCCUUCAAUUUUUUCUAGGAGUCAUCUGAAAUUGUACAGGAUCUGUUGUUUUUGUAAUCUUUUCACAUCUUCUGGAUGCUGAAUGAAUGAAAUCUACUUAUUUUGUUAAAAAGCCGGACAUUUGUG